AUGGAUUCGCUGCCAUUCGACUCGAAAACACUAUUAAUUGGGGGGUUUGUGGCCUUCUUCGUCAUUACACUCGCCUCCCGGUUCUUGGGAUCAAAGAAGGCGAUUCCAGUGUUGAUCAAGGACCAAUACCAGGAAUUCCCCUUGGUUUCAAAAACUGUCUUGACCCACAACACGGCAGUUUACAGGUUCGGCCUGCCAAAGCAAUCUGAUGUGCUCGGACUUCCAAUCGGCCAGCACAUCUCGAUCAAGGGAAACUUGCCAGACGGCAAGGAGAUCAUGAGAUCUUACACUCCCACCUCCUUGGACUCAGACUCCGUUGGUUUCUUCGAAUUGUUGAUCAAGUCUUAUGAUCAAGGUAACGUCUCUAAGAUGAUCGGAGAGCUCCAAAUCGGCGACAAGAUCAAAGUGCGCGGCCCUAAAGGAUUCUACACAUACACCCCUAAUAUGAAUUCCGAGAUCGGCAUGAUCGCCGGUGGCACUGGUAUUGCUCCCAUGUAUCAAAUCAUCAAGGCUAUACACUCUGACCCAAAAGACCGUACAAAAGUGUCUAUCGUUUACGGUAGUCAGACUGAAGAUGACAUUCUAUUGAAGAAAGAGCUGGACGCAAUUGUCGAGUCUAACCCAGAACAGUUCAAGGUCCACUACCUUCUGGACAAGCCUGCUAGGGACACUUGGACUGGCGGCGUUGGAUACGUUACUCCUGACGUCAUGAAAAGCUACCUUCCAGCACCCGGUCCAGGCGCCCAAUUGCUUGUCUGCGGCCCUCCAGGCAUGGUUUCCUCUGUGAAGAAGAAUGCUGUUGCUCUAGGCUUCGAGAAGGCUAAACCUGUCUCCAAAAUGGGUGAUCAAGUCUUCGUCUUCUGA